AUAUUUGGCAUUAAUCUGUAGGCCUCAUUCUCCCUUUCCUUUUUUUCUUUUAAAUAACAAGUCUCCAAUUAGGAUUGGGAUAAUACUGCCUCCAUUCCUUCGGAAUUUGCCGCCACUCAAUUCUUCUGUUUUGAGAAAAACUCUCCUUUAUUAUCCAAUCCAAUUAGGAGUCAAUUAGUAGACACCUAACUUACCUAUAAUGUUGAUUGGUCAACCGCCCUAUGCUUGUAUAAAUAGAGGUAGAGCUCAGCCUAUUUUCUCAUUAAUUAAUUUCGUUCGGUGAGGCAGGCAUCUUCAGAGUUCUCCUUUUGUUUUGUAGGUAUAUUAAAUCAAGAUAACAGCUUUCACGAAUCUUUUGAUAGUUAACAUCUACCCAUAUCUAGUAGGGUUAAAGCAAAUAGCAAUAUGCAAUCAUUGAUUGAAGAUGGUGGACGUCGGCUUAAGGUGCGAGGGGUUUAACUUUGUCUCCGUUACCUCAAGAUCCGACCAAUUUUCCUUGAAGUCGGUAGCCAUCGGCUUAAGGUGCGAGGAUUUAAUUUGCCUUCGUCACCUCAAGACCCGACCAAUUUUGCUUGAAUACGGUGGCCUUCGUGUUAAGCUUGAAGAGAUGGUUCACUUUAAAGACUACACAUCUACAUCCUCUAAAAACAAGUAUCUCCUAAUUGAGGCCGAUGAUGGCACGAUUUUAACUAGGCUAUUGACUGAAACUCCAAUAGCAGGCAAGUAUGCAGACCUGUGGCCUCCCUUGCAAAAUUCUCUCUAUAUGUCAGAUUGGACUUUAGAACAUGACAUUGGUGUUAAUCGAUUGAUUAAAGUAUGGCUUCUUUGGACUCCCAACCAACGUCAAUUGAAUAUUGCGAGCACCCUUCCUUGCUUAGGACGUCGGAUACUCAAAGAAGAUAUUCGUUGGGGAAAUACUAUGGAGAUAACUGAUGAAUAUCGUCAUACUCAAGGAUAUUGGGAAUGGGCUGAGGACAUAUUGGCUGGAAGCGCGCAAACCUUGAAGGUAGCAAAAAUAUAUGAUGUCGUUUAUGCUUCACUGUUUACUUAUAAUUGAAACUCAAGCAUAUUAGGCAUUCUUUGAGGCUUGGUGUUCGACUACCAAUACAUUGCUUACUUUAGUUGGAGAGCUAUCCAUAUCCCUUUGGGAUUUAUACAAGAUUGGAGGUCUGAUCAUCGGAGGUCUUCCUUAUAAAGAAGUAGUACCUGAAGCAAAGGAGCUUACAGGUGUUGAUGAAAAGAAUGAGAGAUUUAUCUUUUAUUCUUAUGAAUUCUUGUUUGUAGCUUUCCAACAUCUUCAAGAAGGAGAGGCUUCUAAUCCGAGAGUUUCUCUAAGCAAGUGGAUAAUGUUUUGGUGCAAGAGGGUAUUAAGAUAUGAGUCAACUCCACUGAGGAAGGAGAAACAGUCUGCUCGCUUGAAGUCAACCCAUAACCCAACUGGGACUAUUCCAAAAGCAGCAAAAUGGUUAAGUGCAGAUGAUGCUACGUUUUUCAAACUUGGAGUAAAGUAUGAACAUAGGAUUGAUAUAUAUUUGGCAGCAUUCCUAUCAUGUUGAUUGUGCACCUUUGUAUUUCUCUCUAAGGAUGGACAUUUCAUUCGCCCGAAAACUUUUAGAGUUGUAGCUAUGAUGGUAGAUAAGCAAACUUUUAGUCUUGUAGUUUCAGUCCUAUCGAGCAUCCAUAAUGGUCUCAAAAGAAUCAAUAAAUCUUCGUAGCUUGAG